AUGGUAUAUGCUCUCCUCCUCUCCGAAUCGUUCCGACGCCCUCUCAGACUCCUCCCGAAACCGGGAUUACUUCAUAUCUCCAAACGCCCCAUCUUCUCUCCUUCCUUCCAACAACGGCUGACUUCUGAUCAAGCGGUGGAGAAUCAAAGCCCCUGCCCUAGCCAGAAUAAUCGAUCUGGCAAGAGGAAAGAAUUCGAGAAGAAGGUGACACCCCUAAUUUCUAGAGAUUUGAGCUCAAACAUGUUAACUGGUACAAUUCCAGACACAUUUAGGAGUCUGAUUAAAUAUGAUUUCAUGUUUCUGAGUAAUAACUCAUUAACAGGUCAAGUUCCUCAAUUCAUCCUAGACACUAAACGAAGCAUGGAUUUGUCUUACAACAAUUUCACUCAGCCACCUACUUUAGGCUGUACUCAGCUUGAUGUGAACUUGAUCUCCAGCUACCCUUCAGUAACCGAUAACUCUGCUCAAUGGUGCUUAAGAGAGGAUCUUCCAUGUCCCCGAGAUGCACAACAUUCUUCUCUGUUCAUCAACUGUGGAGGAAGUGGAAUCAAGAUAAAAAAAGACAAGUAUGAGGAAGACUUGAACGGUAGAGGAGCAUCAUCAUUUUUUCCUGUAGCUGAAAGGUCGGGAUAUAGCAGCUCUGGAAUUUGGGGAGACGACAUUUAUGUUCAAGGGAAUUUGUUCCAGAGGGACUUUAAUAUAGCAGAGAGAGCAGGUGGAGUUGGUAAACCAUUCACUAGGCAGCUUGAUGAAGUUCAAGUGAAUGGAAGUACACUGGAGAUUCAUCUGCAGUGGUCAGGCAAAGGCUCAAUUGUGAUACCAAAAAGAGGUGUUUAUGGGCCUCUCAUAUCCGCCAUAACCAUUACACCAAAUUUCAAGGUUGAUACAGGAAAACCAUUUUCGAAUGGAGCUGUUGCAGGGAUUGUAAUUGCAGCGUGCGCGAUGCUUAUUGUUUUACUCCUCAGGCUUGCAGAAGAGCUUAGGGGACUUGAUCUGCAGACAGGGUCGUUCACAUUGAAACAAAUCAAACGUGCCACAAAUAACUUUGAUCCAGAAAACAAGAUUGGUGAAGGAGGCUUUGGACCGGUUUAUAAGGGUGUACUAGCUGAUGGAAUGACCAUCGCGGUGAAGCAGCUUUCGUCGAAAUCAAAGCAAGGGAACAGAGAGUUUGUGACUGAGACAGGGAUGAUGAUAUAUGCGUUGCAACACCCUAAUCUUGUGAAGCAUAAUUCAUAUUGUUUCUCACCAGCUGACGGCUAA